CGGUUCUCCACCAGCUGCACUGGCUCCCCAUAACCUCCAGGAUCCACUUCAAACUCCUCCUGUUCACCUUUAAGGCCCUCCAUAACCUGCCUCCUCCAAAUCUCUCCGACCUCAUCCAUAUUAAAACCCCCUCUCGUUCUCUUCGGUCCUCCUCUGUUCAGCUCUCUGUCCCUCCUGCCCGACUCGUCACCAUGGGAAGCCUUCAGCUGCUCGGCUCCCAAACUCUGGAAUUCCCUCCCUCCUUAUCUCCGUAACAUAGACUCUCUUCCUACUUACAGAUCUAAACUCAAAACCCAUCUGUUCAUUUCUGCCUUCCCAUCCUGAUUCACUUUUAAUUUUAUCUAUUAUUUUUAUUGUGCUUUUAAUGUCUAUUUUUAAGCUUUGUUUUGUAAAGUGUCCUUGGGUUUCUUGAAAGGCGCUUUAAAUAAAAUGGAUUCCUGAAUCCCACAUUUUCCCAUUUUUUUCCAAUUUAAAAUUUACAAAAGAUAUACCUGUAAGAGGAAGAACUUUAUUAAUGGAGGCACGAUUUCCAGACUUACAUAUGCGGCUCCUGCUGUGAAUGUUGAUGACUCUGCAUGUUAAAUAAUUAAUCCAAUGCUUUACAAGUUUGUUUGGGGGAAAAAACUCAUUAUAGUAAAGAUUAAAAAAACUUUUUACUUUACUUUUUAGACUUCACCACCUAAAUUAUACUUUUAAAAUCAACUGUAUGAAAAAGAUUUUUAUGAACCCAGACUAGCAAUGGAACUUUAUUCCAAAUGAUUUAUCCUCUCUUUUCUUCUCUAAUUUAUCUAUAAGGUUCAAAAAUUGCCCAUUAAAUGAUUUAAUUAUCUCAAACAAAUGCUCCAAGCCUGGUCUCUUAUUUACUCCUCACAGCUUCUGCAUAUGGAAUAGCUGUAACAUCCCAUUCAAAACAAAAUCUUUAUCCUUAACUGGUUUGAUAACAAUAUAACAUGUGUUAAACAAUUGUUCAACUCAGAAGGGAUUUUAAAGUCUUAUUGUGAAUUCUUAGAAACCUUCCACAUUCCAGUCCCUCCUCAAAAGUUUGCAAUUGUUAUGGAUGCAACUCCUCAAAGAGUCGUGAUGUUGUUUAAAGGAAGUUCAUCUUCUUCACCUUCAUGUUCCCUCGUUCUGUUUGAGCUAAAUAGGUUUUAGCCUUUCAUCAAGGAACAAAAAGGUUAGCUCCCUUUUUCAACUGUGCCUUAUGUGACCCCCUACAGGAGAAAAUCUGCUCCAGACAUUGAAUGGACAAAAGUUUGGACCUUGUUUUCCAAAUGUUUCAUCACCAACAAACCCCGGGAUGUUUGCUUCAAACAGAUGCUUCUCAGCAAAACAGCACCUCCACAUAGAAGCUGCUCCUUCUGCAAACUGGACCAUGAAGCGACUUCUCACCUGUUUGGGAAAUGUUGUUUUAACUCCACCUUGUGGCAGGAAUUUUCCCUCUUUGCUCCACAAAACAAUUAUGAAAACUUUGAUAUUUAACAUAAAGAUGGUUUAAUUUUUACAGUGUCAACAGCUCUCACAAAAAUUAAUCUUGAAUAAUUAAUCUAUUGAUAAUAUUAACCACAUUUCAUAUUCACAAAUGCAAAUUUUCAUCAAAAAACAUUCUUCAAACUUUUAGUAACUGAAAUCUAAAACUAUAUUGAAUCUAUAUAAUUCUCUGUCGUCUCCUAAUAGUUUUGAAUAUGUGGAUCUGUAAUUUAAUGCUUUUUUAUUACAUUUUUUUAAUUAUGUUUUUUUUUUUAUUAUUUAGAAGGUAUGUUACUGUUAUCUCCAGUGCAAUCUCUUGGCAUGAAUGUGUUUUUUUAUGUUUGAACAUUGACAAUAAAAAAGUUAAUAUUUGUUUCUGUUGAGAGAUGAAUAAAUUAAAUGAUCCUACUUGUUCGCCUUAUCUAGGUGAUCCAGGUUUAUGUUCUAAAAAUGAAGAUCCUUAGUGACAUUUUCCAGUAUGUCUACUCAAACAACGACAGGGGUCAGACUGAAGGUUGGAUUCCUGCAGUCAGACUGAAGGUUGGAUUCCUGCAGUCGGACUGAAGGUUGGAUUCCUGCAUCCAUCCAUCUCUCUGCUGGUGAUGGGAGGGGCAGCGCCCCCUUCCGCCUCCUCUCUUCCUCUCCCGCUCCGCGUCAUCGUCACUGACAGUCGGAUGAUUCCGUCCUAACAGCAGCCCGCUCCGGCUUUGCCAGCAACCCCGACGAUGCGGACUCAAACUCCGGGCUGAUCAUUCUUCCGCCGGUGGUUUGUCACGAGCAGAAAAGACUGAAGAUAGCUCGAUACGACCCGGGCCUUGGACCUUCAUGCGUCUCCUAACAGCAGAGUCUACCCACACCUCCAUACACCACACUACCACCUCUGCAAUGAGCUGCGAACAGGAGUUUGGAAACGGGGCCAUGGGGGUCACACUUACGCUUCGUCUCCUCAUGCAUGGAAAGGAAGUGGGAAGCAUUAUUGGAAAGAAAGGAGAAACUGUGAAGAGAAUACGAGAAGAGAGUGGCGCUCGGAUCAACAUCUCAGAAGGCUCCUGUCCAGAGAGGAUCAUCACCAUUUCGGGACCGACAGACUGUGUGUUCAGAGCCUUCACCAUGAUCACCUUUAAACUGGAGGAGGACCUGACUGCCUUGGUAGCCAAUGGAACUGUGAGCAACAAGCCUCCAGUCACCUUGCGGCUUGUAAUCCCAGCCAGUCAGUGUGGUUCUCUUAUUGGUAAAGGUGGUUCAAAGAUCAAAGAGAUUCGAGAGACCACAGGUGCUCAGGUCCAGGUAGCAGGAGACCUCCUCCCCAACUCCACAGAGAGAGAGGUGACGAUAUCAGGGGGCCAGGACGCCAUCAUUCAGUGUGUUAAACUCAUCUGCACUGUCAUUCUCGAGUCUCCACCAAAGGGGGCAACUAUUCCAUAUCGACCCAGCCCAACCCCAGGGUCUGUGCUGCUGGGAGGAACCCAGGUGUUUGAGGCGUCAGACUUUGGCUCCCACCCCUUGUUCUCAAUGGUGCAGGGAGGAGUGGACCUCCAGCAAACAUAUGCAGUACAGAGCCACUAUGGCCUUCAUCAUUCAGAGUUGGCAAAGCUGCACCAGCUGUCCAUACAGCAGCAAGCCCUUUCAGCUGCACACGUUCUGCCUGCAUCCAUGGAGUCCAAUUCCCAGACAUCUCAGGAGUUCAUCAUUCCAAACGAUCUGAUUGGCUCAAUUAUUGGGCGCCAGGGAUCAAAGAUCAAUGAGAUCCGGCAGGUAUCAGGUGCUCAGAUCAAGAUUGGCAGUCAGAUUGACAGCACUAGUGACCGACAUGUGACCAUCACUGGCACGCCGAUCGCCAUCAACCUGGCACAGUAUUUGAUCACUUCGUGUUUAGAGACAGCAAAAUCCACUGCCCAGUCCUCCUCCAUGCCGUCUCCUGUUGACCUGACCAUGAGCUUCACCCAGCCCAGCCCCCCUGCCUCCGCCUCGUCCUCCUCCUCUUCCCCUUUGGCAGCAAUGGGUGCCACACUGACCCAUGCUCCAAUGCUGGGCGCACCCUAUGCCCUCCCCCUUUCCAGCCUCCUGGGAGUCAAAUCCAUCCCAUACCUGGCACUGUCCACUUCCUCAGCCUCAGCAGCCGCCGCAGCAGCCACCAUCGGGGCGCCAGUGUUGCAGAGCUCGGUGCCGACAGCAGCAACCGCAACCGUUCCUGUGUCAGCUCACACUGCAGCAGCACUGGCAUCGUACACGGCCAAGAUCUCAUCCUCCGCCAACAGCAUGAAAAAGCCUGAGAGACAGAAGUUUGCACCGUACUAGAAUCACUGUGAGGAAGCUCCCAUAUAAGAAGGGCCUUUACUCCACCUCAUCUCCUCGUUCUGUUUCACUUGUCAUGUGGUUCCUCCAUUCCUUUCUUCCUUCCUACCUCCUUCCUAAAUGUUACUGUUCAUAAUGCCCAAUUCUCAUUUAAGGAUCUGACUUCUAGAAAACACUAUUGCAGCUUUAAACUAAUACCUUUUAGAAAUCGGCAUGCUUUGAAGCUGGAGCUGCUGCAGCAGUUAAUGAGGGCUGAAAACUGUUCAGAAGAAAUUGAUUCAACCGCUGUUUUAAAGAGAAAGUUGUGAAGUAAUAUUUGUGUCACCACAUUGACAACAAAACUCACAUUUUUGAAAUUAAAAUGUCCUUAGCUGCAAACAAAAUCUUUGGAAAAAAAUACUUUCUAAGUAGCAAAUGAAAUAUUAAAUAUUUAUUCUCAAAAUUGUUUUCUUUGGUUUCAAAAUACAUUUUCUCUGAAACAAAGGUUUUUAUGUGUUGUCUAGAAUCUCACUUUCUCCCUAUCUUUGUUUUUGCGUUCUUAACUCUGGUGUGAUAGGUGUGCCACCAAACAGCCAAUCACAUACACGAGGAGUCAUGCUGAUUGGUCUCUAGAAUAUCCCGUCGUGUGUCUUUGCCUGGCAUUCAGGGUGAUUGGACCAGAUACUUCGUAUCGAUUCUGUUUGACCAAAAUCUGCAGACUUCAACCAUUCAGACCUCUUUCUCCCACAAGAAGCGGCAAAGCCACAAUUAUACAACUGUACAAAUAUUUGCAUGUUUUCCUCUCUGGACAGGAACUAAACACAUUGGUGUGCAGCAAAAAAUAAAAUGUGCUUUAAAUCUAUUUUAACAAUAAACAGAGGACAACCUGUUCAGUUUCUGAGACUUAGUAUAGACACUUUGUUAGAUAAAUAUUGGUGACCAAUCAGCACUAAUCUUCUUGUCUGUGAUUGGCUGUUUAGUGGCACAACCAUCAGGCUAAGGGCAGGGUAAAAAACGCAAAAUAGAAAAAAGAUGAGAUCCGAGAAAACACAUCUGAAAACCAUUGCGUCACAAACGCAAAAGGACAAAAGGGAAUCCCCUUUUUCCCCUUUGAAACCAAAGAAAAUGAUUUUAAAAGAAAAAAUGUAAUAUUUUCAUUUGUAACUUAGAAUGUUUUGUUUUUAAAAUUGAACAUUUUGUUUACAACCUAGGACAUUUUGAUUUCAAAACUGACUUUAGUUCUUAUUCUAAAGGCACAAAUAGAAAACGGGUUUCUCUGAACUGUGGAUGCACCAAACGAUGUCAGCAGUCUGUCAACCGAACACACAGGAAAAGGUCUGCAGUCCCUUCAACCAAAUGUAUCACCCAUGACUUAACGUUUUACAUCUUCAGGGGGCCGUGAUGUAUAGGUAGAACUGUCGACCUCUGAUUAGGAGAUCACAGGUUCAGUUCCUGCUCUUGUGCACCCAUGUGUCAAAGUGUCCUUGAGUAAGACACUGGACCCCUCAUUGUCCUGGGGGUUAUAGGCUUGGCAGCAGAGCCACCAUCAGUGUGAAUAGGUGAAUGGGACUGUGACUAAAGCGCUAAAGGACUAAAGGAAGUAAAGCGCCGUAUAAGAAUAUACCUUUUACCAGGCAGGGUCAUUAGGUUCCUUCUCUUUUGUACAUAAAUAAUCCUAAAAGCAUUAUUCUCAUUCAGACUUCUUUUGCAUGUGUCUUCACAGCAUUGGCUGUAUGCUUCAUUCAGCUGGACAGCAGCAUUAAGGUUUAUCAAAGACUAAAUAGUGAAGAUUUGUUGUACUUGUCUCAACAAUAGAGUCAUCUGAUGACCAUUCAGGUUUUCAGGCUUCACAUUCAGAAAGGAUUCCUGCCUUCAAUGUAAUCACCAUUACCACUAACACCUGUUCAGCUGCCUUCCUGCUGCCUUGCUCACCAACACCUCUCUACCAGCACAUAACCAGCCUUUUCUCAGCUCUCCAGCUCGGUUUCGGGCCUGCUUCUGCUCCUGCUCAUGCUUUUCUGGAAUCCUGAAAUUCUCUCUCUUCCUGGAGCUUGAGAUGGACUCUGCUGAACCAGACUCAUUCCCCUCUGAAAGAUUUCCAUGCCUCCUGUUUCCCUGCAUGCUCUACCCAGCUGAAUCUGAGUGAUGUCAUCACUUUGUUCCCUACUAAGCUAUUCCCCUUCACAAGAUCCACCCUGCACUGCCCCUUCAGAUUGGAUGUUCCUGACCCGUGACUUCCUGUUCAAACGUCACUACAUUCUGAAUGAACCUCUUCUUUUUCAAAUCUGGAGUUCAGUUACUAUUUCCUGUAUCUCUGAUUCACCUUUCUGUAGCCUGUUGGGUCUGUCAGCUCCUUCCUGCUUCUUCGGUGGUAAACUUCAUGACAGCCCUUUACUCUGCACCAUAAUUUGCUACAGAAAGCAAGUAUUUCAUGGAGGGAGAGACUGGUUUGAUGCUUAUCAACGUCCAAAGCCACUUUUCAGCUCUCCUCCUGCUUAGAAUUUUUCCACACUUCCAGAUGUUAGAGACCAGGUUUGAUAAAACCCUUCAUGGCUUAAGACAAUCUCAGUUUAUGGCGCUAAUUCUAGAGGGAAGAUAACGGAGAGGGGUCUUUGAGGCAAAGCUGGAGCUUUUAAAGAGGGAGGAGCAGCAGACAGCUGAGCUCCUCGCCUUUUAAACGUAACCCAGUUGCUAUGUGGAGGACUCCCACGUUGAAGGCCUAUUUUUGCAGAACCGUUCAGGCAAAACUCAGGCCGCACCAAACACUCAUUCCAGACGACCGCAGACGCUGAACCUCUUGCUUCUAGAUGAGAGCAUCUGUUGAAGGUACAGAGCCCCCUGCUUCCUGAGAGGAAGCUAGAGUUUACAAAUGAAUGUAAAUUUUACAACAGAAAGAUGGUGAUGGAAGCUGUAAAGCUGCAAUUUGAUUUUCAGAAUUUAGCGUCAAAUUUUAAGUUUCAUUCCUGAUUUUAUUUUCCAAUCAUCCCAUGAAGUGCAGUUCUGCUUUUUUUCCCCCUCUGGCUUGUUAUCAGAGCUUUGCCCUUCUUAUCAGAGAGUGAAAACUUGAUGGGUGUUUGUAGCAGCUGUUGAGGUUCUCUAGGCCCCCCAGCCUCUAAAAGCCAUAGAGACUUUCAGCUCUUCUGGGUCCUUAUCUUACUGUAUACUGGUAUAUUUAUUAAUGUCACAGAGCGUCGCUCAGAGUUUAUAUCACUAACACUGUACUAAACAAUCAGCUUUUCUACUUGAUGAUGCUGACUUGGAAAUGCUUCCUGUCUGAUUAUUGUUGUCUUUGUUACCUUCAGUAUUUCUUGUGGAAAACACUCCUGAAAAGUUCUCAAGUUAUGUGUUGAAAAAGGCUCUUUUAUUAAAAAAAACAUUGUAUUUUAUGUUUUAACUUCUUGAGGACAUUUGCAGUUUUAGAAAACCUUUUCCACUGUAACAAAGGAAAUGCAGUGACAUUGAAAUUUACUUUGUUUGUCAAGUUUGAAAAUAUAAUUAUUUUGAUUUUGGGGAAAAAAACUGUUUAUGGAUGCUGGCAAGUUUCUGUUGGUAAAAAUGGUGUUUUCACUCAUGAGUUCAGAUGGGACAUGGGAACACAAACACUAACAGGUUACCUGAGAGCAAAUGUUUGCCCUGCUUGUCCACUUUCAGCAUCCUCAGAACCAGAAGGCAUAUCAGCGUUUGUCAUGUUGCUCUUCAGGCAUCAGGUAUUUUUUCAGCAACUUGAUUUGGUUCAAAACCUGCUGCUAAGCUAACAGUUGACCUUCAGUGAACAAAUCUGAUUCCACAGAAAAGAAAAGUUCAAACAAGUGUUCAGUCUUUACAUUAGUUAUGACACCAGUGGUUUGGCCUAAUGCAGUGUUUUUCAACCUUUUUUGAGCCACGGCACACUUUAACCUUGACAUAGUCUGUAUUGAUCUACAGGCCCUCCACAAUCUCACAUGCAUUUUUGUGAUGAUUUUGGCAGAAAAAGCUGGAAGCUGCAGCU